UCAUUUGUCGAGCAUAUACAAGAAGACGGGCUGUCCGCUGCCCUCAAACACCACAGCCAGCACAUGCUCGCCCACAUCCUCUUCCCCUUCGCCGCCCGCAUCCAUCGCCCCUCUGCCCCGCUGCCCAGCCCUCCCUUGUCUGAAUGCCAGUGCCGUAGCUAUCGGCCGCACACUGCGGCCGUGAGGCAUCACUGGGCCGACCCUCUGUGACCGCAGCAGCUGUGCGGUCACUGUCGAGAACGUGUAUAGAAUCUGCUGACGAAUGACCCACAAGACAUCACCCCACACAGAGAGCUCAAAAGCAGGGGCAGGGGCCGACAGAUCAGCUGUAGAGGGCAUGUGGAUCUUGACCGGCAACAGGCGCCGAUUCCGGACGUCGAAUAUGACAAAGCGGAAGCUGCCCUCCACAGAGUAGCAGAAGGUGAUAUGUCGCUGAGGUGGGUUAGUCUUGACGUCGAUCAGCUUGCCCAUGACCGGCCUGCCUCCCGCUUCCUCACAUAUGACGGGCACAGCCAUGCCGCCAAGAGGGUCUUCAAACAGAGGGAUGAGCGAGGGGCUGCGAUGAAGCACUGGCUCGUCUGUUUUCGCACUAGCCGGCUGUCGCUGCUGCUGAGUGGUCAGAGGGUAGAUGAGACACUCUUGCUUAGUCGCUAUGUCGACAUCUCCGGUGAGUCGCUCCAUCUCGCUCUCCGCUGCCCGCUCAGAGAGGUCCACCACCACACAUUGCGGGCCCUCAGUGCUGGGCAGCCAGUAGAAGGCACACAGCGUGGUGGGGUCGAUCAAGAGGGGCAGCUCCGAAAACAACUCAUCUCGCUGGGGCACAUCAGACGUGAACUGCAGGCUUCGUGAUUUGCUGGCUGGCGGCUGGGGGAGCACGAAAUCCUCAAGCAUCAGCUGGAAUCGUUCCACCGGCGUGAAGGUGCCAAAGCCGCUUCGUUGGGAGAGCGAGUAGUGCCAGACGAUGAUCUUUCCAACCGCAUCCACGGUAACGAUCUCCUGUACACUUGUCUCGCUCGCUUUUGCCGGUGCCGCCAAAGCCACGAUGCGGGCCUUGUGUGCGAAGAAGAACUCACGAAUGGGCGGGGAGGGCUCGUCCUUGAUACUGCGUUGGCGUUUGGGUCUUGCGCGGCCCCUUCUGGCCGCCUCCUCCAGAGAAAGCAGCUUGGGGGCUUCCACUCCCUUUAGCAGCCCGACGUCGCUGGCCGACGGCAGGAUUAGGGAAGUAGAAGAAGAAGUAGCAGCAGCAGUAUCUUCUGCUCCUUCAGCGGCCUCAGUGCAUAAAUGUGAGUUGAGUUUGACCACUGUCCCGCCACCAAGUCCCAACAGGAAGCACGGCUGUUGGCCGGAGGGGCUCAAAAACGGCAGAAAUGUCGACCGAUAGACAGUCCAUUCCUGGGGUCUUCGCUUGUAAUCGUCCUCCUCCCCUUUGCGCGCGAAGUGCGCAUUGUUGAGCUCCAGCCGGCACGCUAGUGGGGGCGGUUUUCUCUUCUUGCCUCGGCGUCCUGGUGGAGCUUCAGUAAGGGAAAGCAUCCGCAAAAUUCCCUUCCCGUCGAUAGUGAGCAAAUCAGAAGCACCCCUGCUAAAGCUUAGUCGUCUCACAUGAGCCAUCUUGGUAGUGCGCGCCGUAGUGUUGGUCAAGUAUGGCAAGCCCUGUUCCGAGGGAGUAGCUGGAGUGAGAGCGGCAGCUGGCGAGGGAUUUUCGAUCUCUUGUUCCUCCUCGCCAUCUUUUUGCUCCUCGUGUUUCUCUUCCUGUUCCUCAUCAGCCGAUUCUUCUUUUCUAAUGUCGCUGAGAGGCGCCCGAGUGGCCUCCCCCUCUGCUUGUGCCAGCAGAGUGGGCACCGCCCACACCAGUAUAUUGCCCUUCUCAGUGCCGAUCGCCAGCGCGAGGCCGAGGGUAGAGGAUGUCGAGGCACACAGCACCGAUGGCAGGCCGUGUUUCUUCUCAUGGGCCAGCUCGGGGAGCGCUCGGAUUGACAGGUGCUUCUUAGCAAAGUCUUGUUCCCGUGCCCAUGAAGGAUGGGUAGAGACGUCAAGCAGACGCUGCAUGCGAUCGGUUUCCGUCUCGUCAAAGGGUUCCUGCGAGCAAGGGGACACACAUAGAUAAGAUUCUGACAAGGCAUGAAUGUUGAUGUGUACCUCAGUGGGUAUGCGAUACAUUGGCAACACGCCGAUGUCCAAGGGGAUCUCUUCCGGCUCAGGAAUGUCACGAACCCCACCGCCACUGUACCACACCGCUGUGUCGUACUCACCACCGUUGACAAAUAUGCCAGAGUAGUCGGGCUGCACCCUCCCAGUGCGGUCUUCUUUCCACUCGACCUUUGUGGCUUCAUCGCCGUCUCUCUCCUUGAUAAUCUGUUGAAGGGCAUCGGCAAUCUGUGAGACCACUGGAUGGUCAGGAGACGUCGGCUGUCCUUGGCUUUGUGUCUUCAGCUCGUGUAUGUGGCGGCUGAGAGGAAUGGGAGACACCCACGUGCUCUCCCAGUAGGCCGGAUUAUCCUCAGUCCACUGCACCUUCCUGUCCGGGGAUUUCCUUUUCUUUGCUUUCUUUGCAGCCUCCUCUUCCCGCUCAAUAAAUGCGUCGUAUCCAGCCGCAUCGUAGAUGCCGCAUGCGAAUGAUUCAGCAAUGUAUCUCUCCACCCCCUUGACGUAAGCCACCACUUCCUGCGUCACCUCGUGCACGCCCUCGGAAACAGUCUCCUCCAAGUAUUUCAAAGCCACACUCGCAGCCGCAUAUUUGUUCAGCCAGUCGAGUGUCAGGGAAGGCUCUCUCUCGUCCUUCUCUUCCCAUUUCUGUUUUCUCUCCUCUGCUGCCUGGACGUCGUUGAUUGUGAGGGAGCGGUCCACAGCUGCAUCGGCACAUUGCAGGAGCAGCUGGCGGCAGAAGCGUCCCAAUGGCGAGCCAUCAGCCUUGGUGAGCUGUGCAUCAGGAGAGAUCUUCUUGAGCUCUUGUUGCCAGUGCCUGAGUCGCUCCCACAGCUGCUUGGUGCUGUGCUCCCGAGACACCAGUGCCAUGCUCGCGUCCUCGACGAGCUUCUCCAUCGGCUGGGCGAUGGAGUCAUAUACAUCCUUGCCGUCCUCUUGCUGCGGCAUCUGGUUGGCCAGUAUAUAUUUCAGCGGUGGGCUGUCGCCUUCCCUCAGGGCCAUUAGAAAGGCCUGGCCCUUGGAUAACAGGAACUCCUGCUGCCGCAGCCUUAUUCGUGUCGUCUUGAGGUUGGUGUGAAGCUCCAGCCGCCUCUCAUUCAGCCGUUGGAUCUCCUUAUUCCUUGCUGUGGUCUCUGCCCGGUGCUCUUUCGUGAGAUUCUCCAUGAUUUGGUCAGCAAGCCGCUUUACAAGUGUGUCGGCGGUCGGGGCGUUUGAUGGGUCCAGAGCCGAUGUCUCCUUGAUGGCUGCAAGGGCUUCAGGAGUGUCGAGAAUGGGUGAGAAGAGAAUGGUCGAUGUGGCUGCGUCCUUGAGGCACUCGAUGUUGUAUUGGUCCAGGCGCUGCCAUUUCUCCGUGAUGGCGUCCAGCUGGCCCUGCAUGCACCGCAUACAUGACUGCCCGGUAGGAUGGUACAUCGACGCAGGAGGGCUGACCUCUUUGAGUUUGAGCAGUCUGUCCAAGACGUCCAUAUGGUGCUGAAUCUGCUCCCUCUGCAGCUCUUGCAAAGCCGCCCUGCCUUUUGCAUCCUCAAUGUCCUUUUCCCUCACAAUCUUGUCGCAAUCCCCUUGCCGUUUCUGUAUGGCCUCCUGCUUGACCUUAAGCUCCAGCACGGCAUCCCGCAGGGCCAACCGCUCAUCCAUGUGGUCGGCAUCGUACCUCCUCAGCUCCUCAAUCCGUCUUUUUAUCUCUCCUAUCCUUCGGACGGCCUCGCUCUUCCUUUUCUCCUCAAGGCGGCCACGAGCGUCUUCGAGCUCGGAUUCCAGGUGGGCCACUUCGUUCUCCAGCCGCCCCAGCUCCUCGCGUUCGGCCUGCACUGUUGUGACGGGCUGGGGCUUGGCAUCCGCUCCUGCAGGGGGCGGGGACGAUGCGAUAGGCUGGGGCUGGUCUUGCAUGCUGUCAGUAGCCUCAGCAGAGGCCUCCUCGUGCGUCUGAUACGUCAUUUCCA